AGGACGGGACGAGCCAGCCCGCCCUGACAGCUCUACUGAUCAGCGACGUUAACCCGUCAAAAAUUGUGCGAGAUUCCCUGCACGACUGCGCUUCUAAUUUACCGUCCUCAAAAAUGAUCGGCUCUUGGUCUGUCUUCUUCUCUAUACCUGUCGACGAAGGCCGCCCGAAUCCUCGGGCCCCUCCCGGGCCGAAGCCUUCGAAGCGUCCCGAAACCCUUUGCUCUUGAGAGCUAUCGAUCCCUCAGAAACCUAAGGACGCUUCCGUUCGCCGCCGGGAUGGAAGACGAGGCCGCUCGAAACCCGGCUCCUCCAGCCUCGGUCUCCGUCGACGACGCCGGAGGGACUAGGCCUAGUGUAUCGACAGUCGCGGGUGGAGGGCUGGGAGGGGGCGAGUGCUUCGAGCUUUCUCCGUCGGGUGUCCUCAAGCUCCAGAAGGGGGACAUCACCAAGUGGUUCGUGGACGGAUCGACCGACGCGAUCGUAAAUGCAGCUGAUGAACAAAUGCUUGGAGGUGGUGGUGUUGAUGGAGCCAUACAUAGAGCUGCUGGUCCAGAACUUCUUGAGGCAUGUUCAAAAGUUCCAGAGGUCCUACCUGGAGUUCGCUGUCCCACUGGAGAAGCUAGGAUAACUCAAGCUUUUCGGCUGCCUGUGUCCCAUGUAAUACACACUGUUGGCCCUAUUUAUGAUGUUGAUAAGCACCCUGAGGUUUCCUUGGGGAAUGCAUAUAGAAACAGCUUGAGGCUUGCUAAAGAGAACAAUGUUCAGUACAUUGCUUUUCCAGCCAUAUCAUGUGGUGUUUAUGGCUAUCCUUACAAAGAAGCUUCCAGAAUAGCUGUAUCUACAGCAAAAGAGUUCUCAAAUGAUUUUAAGGAGGUGCAUUUUGUUUUAUUUUCAGAUGAUGCUUACAAGGUCUGGCUAGAUAGUGCUCGUGAGCUACUUUAGGAGUUUGCAUGCAAGAUCCACUGCUCCAUGAUGGUACUCCCACUUGUAAACCUUUAGGUAGCGUUUGGAUGCCUAAAUUUUAUUUCUGUAAUAAGAAUUUGGAUUCUUGAAGGAUUACUAUUCAUCCUUCUUAUUUCAUAUUUUUGUUUGGUUGGAAAUUUGAUAUUUCAGUACAAUUAAUGCAGUGUUAUUCCAACUGGUAUUUGGU